CAGGAGGGGCGGGGAAUGGGGAGCCGCGCCAGUGUGAGCGGAGAGCGCCUCGGGGAGCAGCAGCAGGCGCAGGAAGAAGGGCGGCGGCAGCAGCAGCAGCAGCAGCAGGGGGAAGGAAACAACAAAGCUGCCAACAUGAGUCGGAUCCCUCGACAACCGCAGGAGGAGCUUACCCAAGCAGACAUCUGUGGGAUGCUUCGAGAAGAGCUGUGCCAAGGGAAUGACUUCCUCAAGUCAGAUACCCACAUCUUCAUCAUCUUGGGGGCUUCGGGUGACCUCGCCAAGAAGAAGAUCUAUCCCACUAUCUGGUGGCUAUAUCGUGAUGGUUUGCUUCCUGAUGACACUUAUGUGGUAGGAUAUGCCCGAUCCCCACUGACAGUUGCUGAUAUCCGCAAACAGAGCCAGCCAUACCUCAAGGCCACCCCCGAAGAAGAGCAGAAACUAAAUGAUUUCUUUGCCCGCAACUCCUAUGUGUCAGGAAAGUAUGAUGACAAGGCCUCAUUUGAACGGCUCAAUGCUCACUUGAAUGCCCUUCAUAAUGGGGAAAAGGCAAACCGUCUCUUCUACUUGGCCCUGCCUCCCAGUGUCUAUGAGCAUGUCACUGCUAACAUCCGGCACACCUGCAUGAGCGCCAUUGGCUGGAAUCGUGUCAUCGUGGAGAAGCCUUUUGGCAAAGACUUGGAGAGUUCCAACAAGCUAUCAAAUCACAUCUCAGCACUUUUUAGGGAAGACCAGAUCUACCGCAUUGACCACUACCUGGGCAAGGAGAUGGUGCAGAACCUGAUGGUGCUCAGGUUUGGGAACCGGAUUUUUGGCCCUAUCUGGAACCGUGACAACGUGGCCUGUGUCAUCCUGACCUUCAAAGAGCCAUUUGGCACAGAGGGCCGGGGUGGCUAUUUUGAUGAGUUUGGCAUCAUCCGGGAUGUAAUGCAGAAUCACCUUCUCCAGAUGCUCUGCUUGGUAGCCAUGGAGAAACCAGCCUCUACCAACUCCGAUGAUGUGCGUGAUGAAAAGGUGAAGGUUCUAAAGUGCAUCUCUGAGGUGCAGACUGAGAAUGUGGUGCUUGGACAGUAUGCUGGGAAUCCUUCUGGCCAAGGGGAGGCUCAGAAGGGCUAUCUAGAUGAUCCCACUGUCCCAGCUGGCUCUGCCACCCCUACCUUUGCUGCUGCAGUACUCUAUGUAGACAAUGAAAGGUGGGAUGGAGUGCCAUUUAUUUUGCGCUGUGGGAAGGCACUGAAUGAGCGCAAGGCAGAGGUGCGUCUUCAGUUCCGGGAGGUGCCAGGUGACAUUUUCCAGCGCCAGUGCAAACGCAAUGAGCUGGUGAUUCGGGUACAGCCCAAUGAAGCUGUCUACACUAAGAUGAUGACCAAGAAACCAGGGAUGUUCUUCAACCCAGAAGAAUCUGAACUGGACCUCACCUAUGGAAAUCGUUAUAAGGGUGUAAAGCUUCCUGAUGCUUAUGAGCGUCUUAUCUUGGAUGUUUUCUGUGGAAGCCAGAUGCAUUUUGUACGCAGUGAUGAGCUGCGUGAGGCUUGGCGUAUUUUCACUCCACUGCUCCACAAGAUUGAGGCAGAGAAACCCAAACCAAUUUCUUAUCGCUAUGGCAGCCGUGGCCCUGCAGAGGCAGAUGAACUGAUGAAGAAGGUCGGAUUCCAGUAUGAAGGCACCUACCGCUGGGUCAACCCUCACAAGCUGUGAAGGCGGAUGGUGGAUGGUCUUGCUUGAAGUGGUGGCACUUCCUCUACGCUUCUCCAGUCCUCUCCGCAGAAGCCAAGUUGGCCCUGCCAUGUGAUGGCCUGUCCUGCAGACUGCAUCUGAAAAGUGGCUCCCUACUCCUAGGAGCACCUGCUGGGUGUGUAGGCGUCAAGUGCACUCCUCAAUAUUGUCUGGGCUUCUUUGGCAGUGGUGAAGGCUGGCUAUUCGCCAUCUCCUUUGCCCUCAUUAUGGACCUUGCACACAGCAGGUGCCUCUGUUGCCCAUCUUCUCCAAUAGCACUGGCGGCAGAUGGACAAUACGUCCCAUUCCAACCUCUGCUUCUCUAUGGAGAGGCCUGUCAGGAUGGAGAGAGGCUGAAGAGGGUUUCCUCUCAGCUCCCACCACUUUCCCCAGCUGCACUGUUGCUCUGUCAAUUGCACUAGCUCUGCUGUUGCUGCAUUACUUAUUACAUUCCUGUUCUGUUUGUUCUGCUUCUCAGUUUUGUAUAAGAUACA